UGCAGCAAGCAAACAAAUUGAGCAAAGGUUCCCAUUGGAUCAUCUCAAUUCUCCUUCUUACUGUUCUUUACGUGUUCUAAAUCCCAAUCCCAGCAGCUAUAUAAAGCUUCAGGCAUUAGAUUGAAGAAAAAUUGGGCGUCAAAAUGGAGCGGAGCGGCGGUUCACUACGGACGCGUUCACAGGCGGCGCCUGACUGGACAUUACAUGAGUCACUUACCCUUGUGAACGAAAUGAAAGCAACUCAAAUUGAAUGCGGCAAUACCCUAGCCUCUUUCCAGAAAUGGCAGUCGACUGUGCACAGUUGCAACUCACUGGGCGUGAAUCGGAGUUUGAAUCAGUGUAAACGGAGGUGGGAAUCUAUUUUGGAACAGUACAAUAAAGUGAAGCCCUGGGAAUCGGCUUAUUGGUCGUCGUUUGAUGAGGAGAGGAAGAGGGAACUGGAUCUCCCUGAGCAGUUCGAUUUCGAGUUGUUCGAUGCGAUCGAUAAGUAUUUGAAUUUACAGGGUGAGGAUGGCGGCGAUGCUGAAACUGACCCGGAUACCGACCCGGAAGCACAGCAGGCUCAAGGAAACAAUGCUUUCUUGGAAAUUGGUCCUAAAAGGCAGCGGCGAAGGACGAAGACAAAAAGGUACAAAAUGGAGGAAAGAUUGAAUCCAUGGAGACGCAUCUUAAAUGAAAACAGGAAGUAUGAGCAAUCCAAGAUGGGGAUAAAGCUUGAAGCUAGCAUAGAUGCAAAUUUGGAAGCCUCAAGGCAUGAGAAUUCAAGCUUAGAAAUAAAGUGCGAGACAUCCAGUCCGGAGGAAAUGGCUGAACUUCCAAACCUUAGCAUGGUUAGUAAGGUAAAGGCUGAGCAGAUUAAUGUAGAUAAUCCAGAAGAAAUAAUGGCUGCGAUUCUUAGAGAAAAUGCAGAAAUGAUCACUGCAAUAACUGAAGGAAAUCCAAUGGAUGAUAGAGAUUGCAGGCUUGCUGAUUUGAACAAUUUUGAUGCUGGUCGCGUUCAUUUGAUCAGAAGUCAAGGCAACCAACUUAUUGAUUGCCUCGGGAAAAUUUCCGACACCCUUAUUCAGCUUUGUGAUGUAAUUCACAAAAAAUAACUAACCUUAAUAGUUUAGUAUUUUCAAUUAUGGCAUGCUUUAUAAUGUGACGACUAAUCAUCACAUGCUUUUACUUAGAUCUUUGUCAAUGUAAUGAUGAGGUAACCAGGAUUGUCAAGGAUCACAGGAAAUUUUGAAAUGGUUAAUUCUUCUCUAUGAUACAAGAAAUGCAAGGUGUUCUUUUAUUGCAUCAGAUGAUAUUGACACUUCUACACAGAGGUUGUGAAAUGUCAUAGACAAGGUGCUGGUUUCCCCCACCCCCCAGUUUGCCUUCAUCAAUUUCUGUGUUCAUCGAUUGUCAAACAUAACUGUAUCUCCCUCUCACCAUGUCCUCUCAAUUUCAGUGGUCUCCUGGUUGCAGCUUAAGGUAAAAGGAGUAUCAGCAAAAAGAAACUAGAAUAUGGUCUCUGCAUUUUAAUUCCUUGUCUUAGCUUAUCUGACAGGUCCAAUUAAAAGUUGUCAAACUGAUACAAAGCUCUCAAAUAUGAAGAAGCUGCAAUGUUAGAAGAUGAAGAUUGAUGGGAUAGACUUUGAAGGACAGAAAGUGUUAUUAAAUUCGACUUGGACUUGCUCUAUGGACUGCUGACUGGAGAAUGCAUUGCCCUGAGAUGACAUGGAAUUGGUGCCAUAAUGGUUCAAGUUACAUACUUUAGAGAAGCUGUGGAACAGGGAGUCUAGAGAAGGACUAAACCAUAAGGGUUUAUUGUAUGCAGACUUACCUUGCAUUUCAACAAGAAACUGUUUUACCGCCAACAACUUUACCAAUUACGCCAAGACUCCCCUCUUAUCUAAAGCACAAUUCUCCAGAUUUUUGGCAUGUAUGCACUAACUAUAUUAGCUUUAAUUCUUCAUAUAUUGUCUACUAUCCCAUUCUGAGUUACCUUUAUAAUUAUGUGCUGUUGAAAGCUAAAUGAAUUUAGAUUUUGUCAUUCAAUAUCUUAUUCGAGAUAAAUCGAUAACCGAGCCGUUAACGACUAAUAAUGGAAAACUUAACAAUUAUGUAUUGGUUUAGCAUAUCUACACUUGAUCAUAACUCACAAGUCAGAUGAAACAUGCAACGGAUGUAUUGAAGGAAGCUCACAACUAUGAUUUGUGAUUCUAAAUUAAAUCACGUUGUUCUUGUCUUAGCAGCUUAAUGCGUUGCGAUACAGAAUGAUGAAUUUUGAGGAAUUUUGUGCUAUUGCAUUAAGUUUGUAUUAUUUUGGCUACUUUCUCAUGCCCAUGUAUAGGUGUAACUUUUCUCCGUUGAAUAAAUAGAAGGAAGUUGAGUUUGGAUUAUAAGAGGACUACUUUGUUAAAGAUGUCGACCAAUAAUGCUCCACAUGAAAGAUAUAGGAUCAUUUUAUACCUUAAUGUAAAGAUAGUGGACUAUUUUGAACCUUUUCUCUUUUGUAGAUCCCCUUCUUCGAGAAUGGUGGCCUUAGUUUUCCACUUUGCAAGACUUCUAAUGAGCUUUCUGACUUGCAGUCCAUUUGAAUACAACAUUCCUAGAGAUUUGAGCUCACAAACAAUUUUGCUGAAUCUGGAAAACAUGUUUUCCACGUUUUCGUCAUCUGCCAUUUUGAAAAGAUCAUAUUCGUUUACCAGAGCAUUGAUUCGUGCUUCGUUCACUUUACUUGUUCCUUCAUAUGUGACUUCAAGCUUAUCUCACAUUUUCUUUGCAGUUUCACAUGUAGAAAUUUUGUCGUAUUCUGCUCGGCUAACUGCACAAUGUAACAAACUGAUAGCUCUAGCGUUAAUUCAGAUUACCUCUUGUUGUUCUUUCGUUACCUCGAAAGUCUCUAGAUCGAUCUUGCUAUUAGAUUCCUUUCCAGUGUUCAUGGAAUGGGUUUUUUAGUCCUUUCUUAUUCACAACCCAUGCCUGAAAAUCAUUUCAUUGAAAAAAGAUUCUGAAUUUGUCUAUUUAGUGAGAAGAGUGUUGACCAUUGAAGUAAGGAGAUUGAUUUGAGGAGUGGCCGUCUUGCAGGAUUGCACCAAAAAAUUUGUAGUUUGUCAUUGAUCUUUUCUCACGUGAGGUUAAGCACUUCAGAUAGGUGAGACCUGCUCUGAUACCAAUUGAAAUUUUUUCGUGAUCUAAUAGUUGACUAUUUCUGUGAACUAGUCGACUUGGCUGCAGGUUAGUAAAAGUAAAGCAAUAAUAGAUAAUUAAUAAAACCAAAGUAUAAAGACAAACAAUUUUAUUCUGGUUCAGAUUACCGUUGUGUUGCGUAGUCCAGUCCCCUUGGGUUGCAAAAGGUUUCCUUUAGAGAUUUCAGUAGUCUUGUGUUACAGUCUUGUUGAUAACUUCUGAUUUGGACAGACCCAGAUCUGCUUUCUUGGCUACAACCUCUACUUGUAUAACUCACACUGAUCUAUCUUUUUCUUUUAUGAUCACAAAAAAAUUCUUAACGAAUACAAUCUUUAAUGCAAGACAAAAGAGUGACUAGUAUUACAGUUCAAGUGAAGUUGCACUGGUCAAUCUUGUGAGCUUCUCCUCCUUAUAUAGCAGUGUCCUCUUGUCUUGGAGAAUGAUGUUCCUGAAUGCGCCGCCUCCUUAAUCUGUGCUCCUUGAUUUGAUUUCUCUUGAUUUGAUUGAUUGACAGUAGAAUGCUAAUUGAUCUUUUUUUCCGUUAGUACUCAGAUCAUUUCUGAUAAGGAUAACCUAAGGGAUUUUGUCUUCAAUCAAGGAUGUAGAUAGGAUCCUUGAUUGGUAGUAUAUGUCUGUAUCAGAUACGUCCAUAUGCAUCAAUUGUUGAUUGCUGAUUUCUUUCCUUCUUCUGCUGAUCCUGUGCAUUUCCGAUUUCCUUGAUUGUUGGUUGCUGACUUUCGCAUUUCUGUUUCCCUUGAUUAUUGGUUGCUGACUUCCACUGAUUUGGCUAUCUUUGACAAUCUUCUAGGAUUGUGUCUUUUUCUUUAUGUCCGCGCUGUCCAGUCGUCUGGGGGUGAUUUCCUUUUCUGUGCAGUGUGCAUCCAUGUUUCCUUUUUCUUGGAUCCUGCAUUGUUUAGUUAUUAGAUGUUGUCAUCACUAAAAUGGAAUAUAUGCUAACAGUCUCAAUUACUAGUUAUCGAUCUCCCAAAUUGCUGAAGGUACUUUUUCUUUAUCAGCAACUUUAGUCUGAGUCUAGCUGUUGCUCCACCGUUCAUUAAACAAGAAAGAAGUAGCCGUUUGUCACAUGAUUAUAUUUUUGUUUUCUCUUCAUGUUAUUAACAAGUUGUCGAGACUAACAAAGAAUUUUUUCACCGUGUUGGUCACAAUGCAGCUAAUGUCUAAUGGUCUGCACUUCUCAAUUUUUGUCAAUAUUAUGGAUGUUUUGCCUUUGCAUACUAACAAAGUAAUGCAUAGUGCAACCCAUAAACUUGUUAGGUUAAUGAUUGUGUUUGUUAUCAGAAAACCAAAGAUAAAAAACAAACAUGUAUUGUCCAAUUUUCCUUGUUUUUGUGGUUCUUCCAUUUGGAUCCAUCUUAACAAGGGAAAGCUGAAAGGUGGAAAUGAGUUUAGGCAAAACCUUUUGGAACUCUUUAUAGAGGGAUUGUGAAAUAUUAAAUAGUAAAUUAUUAGGAGUUAAAAUUGUAUAUAAGAGUCUCUGUGUAUGUAUUAUUUUCUUUUGUAAUAUAUUGUAUAUAGACACAUAAUUAGAUGUGUAGAGGAAAGUCCUAUAUAAAUUUUCUUCUCCAUUUCUUCUUUAUAUGGAAUCUGAGCCAAUCUCAUCCUUGUUUACACUUUAUAAUUGUUAUAUAUUGUGUAAUUUGUGUUCCCCAAUAUUGGGCUUUGCAUUAGGUUGUUCACACACCAGUUAACAGGCCUAAAAGAUGCGUUGUUUGUUUCGGCCUUAUGUGGUACUGAGCAAUUUUUAUCUCAUAAGUUAGCUUUUCGGGUUGAGUUAGCUUUAUGUGCGUUUCUUCACUUGGAUGAUGCCAAAUUGUAUGAACAAGAUCAAACUGGCAAGCAAGUAUACUAAAAUAGCCGGCUGUGACAGCUAUAAUUUAGUGAACUUCUUUCCUCAUAUCUAAACACCAUCAUAUUCUCUCUCUCUGUCUUAUUUAACCACAUCUGAUGUGAUUCAACAACAAAACCUCAGUGAAAACACCUCAACAACGAUGACUUCUUCAGUGAGAAACCGUCCGUUCAUCAUUCUCCUCCUCAUGUUAACUUGUCAACUUCAUCUUCCGGCCAAGAACCGGAAUCCACUCUCCUCUUCAAGUUCAAGUCUUCUCUCACAAACGCUACCUCACUUAGCAACUGGGAUUCCUCGGUGCAGCUUUGCAACGGCAAUGUUUCGAAUUGGAAUGGAUUGCUUAGCUUCAACGGAAAAUUCGCCGCUCUUCGUCUUGAAUCCAUGGGAUUAUCGGGGAAUCUAGACAUCCACACACUUUCCCAAUUAACUUCUUUACGUACUAUGAGUUUUAUGAACAAUAACUUUGAAGGGCCGUUUCCAAACGUGAAGAAACUUAUAGGACUGAGAGGUUUGUUGUUUUCGAAUAACCGUUUCUCUUGUGAGUUACCGGACGAUGCUUUUGCCGGAAUGAAGUCAAUAAGGUGAAUUGUAAUGGCAAAUAAUGAGUUUACGGGGAAGAUUCCGACAUCGCUAUUGAGAAUUCCGAAGCUUGUUCGACGAUGGAACAAUACCGUCAUUUAAUCAGCAGGAUUUCCAAUUAAACGUUGCAAAUAAUAGACUCGAAGGGCCAAUACUACCUCAACUUAGCAGCCAAAGUGCAAGCUCAUUUGAAGGAAAUUUGGACUUAUGUGGAAAGCCAAUGCCAUCAUGUCCACCUUCAAAGAAGAAGAAAGGAAUUAAUGAGAUAGAUCUGUUUAAUUGUUGAAAUGUAUUUGGGUUAUGGAAAAUUACAAAGUAUCUGUUAUUUUGUUUUCCUAGUCAUUAAAUAAUCGAAUUACGAAUGGAAGAUAUCUUUUCUGUCUG